CGCGCCGCAUCUAUUCUUGAACAACCAACUGUCUUCUGUGCGACUUGAUAGUGUUAAAAGCGAGAGGCGCACGUCCCACUCCUGCUCCGCAUCAACCCCGGCGAAACUACGAUGCCGCCAGAAUCCCGCGCACACGAGAAGGAGGCGGUGAUGCCGCCGCUCAAGCCGUCCGAAACAACACUCUCGUCGCGUUCAGCGCGCGCAGCCCUCCGCGCACUCGAGGACUUCGAGGCCUCCCCCGAAAACCCGCGCAACUGGGCGAGCCGGCGCAAGUGGCGCACGAUGUUCACGGUCGCCAUGACGGGCUUCAUCGCGACGACAGGGAGCAGCAUCGCCGUGCCGGGCAUCCACUCCGCCAUGGCCGAGUUCGGCACGCGCAACGAAAAGGUCGGCGUGCUCGUCGCGAGCUGCUACGUCCUCGGGCUGGGCGCGGGGCCGUUUCUCUUCGCCCCCAUCAGCGAGCUCUGGGGACGCCAGGUCGCGUACCAGUCCUCGCAAGUGUGCUUUACGCUAUUUUGCAUGGCGUGCGCGCUCGCACCCAAUAUGGCGGCGCUUCUGGUCCUGCGCUUUUUCUGCGGCGUAUUCGGAUCUGUGGGUCCAACACUCGGCGUUGCGACUUGCGCCGACGUCUUUGCGCCGCAUGAGCGCGGGCGGCCCGUGUCCCUGUACGCCCUCGGACCUAUGACCGGCCCCGUGCUGGGCAGUAUGCUCGGCUACUGGAUCCUCUACGGCGGCUGGCGCUGGACGCAUGGCGUCAUGGCCAUCAUGGCCGCCGCCAACUUCGUCCUACUCUCUUUCGUGGACGAGACUUAUGCGCCCGCGGUGCAGAAGAAGCUUUCGUACACCAUCAAGCACCCCCUUCCCGAUGCCCGCGGCCUCGAGCGCCUCUCCCCACACCGCUUUCUGCACGAGCGCGGCUGGAUGCGCGCCAUGGUGUCGCGCGACGAUGCAAGUACGGCGUUCAAGAAGGCUUUUUCCCGCCCGCCUCGCCUCCUUUUCGGCAACCCCGUAGCCUUCAUCUUCUCCCUCUACUACGCGUACAUCUACGCCGUGCUGUACCUCUUCAUCGUCUCGCUCAACCUGCUCUUCGGGCAACCGCCUUUCUCCACCCCCGGCCUCUUCUCGUACGGCUGGCCGCAGUCCACUGUCGGCCUAUGCUAUUUGGGUAUGACGGCGGGCUUUGGGCUGAGCGCGCUCACCGCCGCCACGAUGCAGGACCGCAUAUACCGCAGGCUAAGCAAGAAGAACGGGGGCGUUGGCCAGCCGGAAUAUCGCCUCGUCCUCACCGCCAUCGGGAUGUGUAUCAUGCCCUGCGGCUUGUUUCUUUUCGGCUGGACGGCUGGCCGCACACAUUGGAUCGGCCCACAGAUGGGUCAGGCCGUCACCUCCUACGGCCUGAUGUUGGCUUUCAACUCGAUCCAAAACUUUAUUGUCGACGCAUUCUACCCAUACUCUGCCGCGGCGACGGCUAGCGCAACCUUUGCGCGCUCCGUCACAGCGUGUGUGCUCCCCAUCUUCGCACCAACAAUGUAUCGUAAUCUCGGGUGGGGUUGGGGAUCGACGCUACUCGCGCUUCUCGCAGCGGUCGCCAUUCCGGCCCCUUUCGUCAUGUUCAAGUACGGGCAACGCCUGCGCGAGCGCUUCAAGUUCGAGGGCUGAGCAUUAAUUUGCAAGUGACCACGCCGUGUAUACUAGAUGCUAGAAUCUUGUCGUUCUCGCG